CUUGACGCAUGUCCAUUGUGCUAACUUUAUCUCAUGCCACACAGACUACUACUGUAUUUUUAUCAUUUUUCUUUCACCUCAUAUUUGGUGUCAAAUGCUGAUACUAUGUGGGAAUGCAUAAAGACCUAAAGAAGACGUUUUCCUUGCAAAGUGGCAUAAAACACGUUGCGUGCUGCUACAUGAAAAGACCCAGACGUUAUUUCUCUCUUUUUUUUUUUUUGCUUUGCAGCCACAAAUGCUUUUCAUCCCCAAGGUCACAUGAUUACACCCAGGAGAAGAUCAUGCAGUUUAAGAAGCGGUCUCCAAUCCGGAAGUGGUUUGCGGCUGUGCUCUCGACCAAUAGGAGGCGGCGCUGGCGGGAGGCUGUCAAUCACAGGUGAGGCAGCACUGAUGGUGGACAGAAAAAAGAGAAAAAGUUUGGUGAAAAGGAGCGUAGUUCGGAGUGAGACGUCGCUGUGGUUGAUGGCACAGCUAUGCGGAGGAACAGCAUCGCUCAUGCGGACGUAAAGGCGACUUCCCACGGCUUCUUUCCCGCGGGAAUGCGAGCGAGAAAGCGGCACUCUGGAACUCCAAGUUCGGCCAUGAGGAUGAUCUGAUGACCGUCGCUGCUUUAUAGCUUUAAACUUUUUUUUUAACUGCAAGAUUAACUUUUUCUGAAAACAUCUGAACAUGGCCGUGCGUGGCAACUCCCUCAUGCCCUUCUCCAUCCAGGCCAUCCUGGACAAGAAGGACAGCGGAAGACCCUUGCAGGAUUUGGACGUCUGCUUCUCGAAGACGACGUGCUGGAACAUAUUCGGCGGGGACUCCCGAAGAGGAGGCGGUGCUGCGGACUCUCCUCCCGGGAAGAGCUACGACUCGGACUCCGGGCUCAGCGAGGACAACGACGCCAAGGUUCCCCGGGUGGGACAGCAGGAGAAGGACGCCGAAACCGUGUCGGACGUCCCGGAGGAGACGGACCAUGAAUCUGCAGCUGUGGACCACACCAAGAGUGACUGUGACACUAAUAAUGCUGCAGAUUCGAGCACCCAGGACGAGAAGAGUGCUGACCAGCCCAAGCAAAGGAAGAAGCGCUCCAGGGCGGCCUUCUCCCACGCCCAGGUCUUCGAGCUGGAGCGUCGCUUCAACCACCAACGGUACCUCUCCGGGCCCGAGCGGGCCGACCUGGCCGCCUCCCUGAAGCUGACAGAGACUCAGGUCAAGAUCUGGUUCCAGAACCGGCGCUACAAGACCAAGCGUCGGCAAAUGGCGGCGGACCUGAUGGCGUCCACGCCGGCGGCUAAGAAGGUGGCGGUGAAGGUGCUGGUGCGGGACGACCAGAGACAGUACAGCCCGGGGGAGGUGCUGCGGCCCCCGCUGCUCUCCCUGCAGCCCUCCUACUACUACCCGUACGCCUACUGCCUCCCUGCCUGGACACUCUCAUGUGCGGCCAACCAGUGAAGACACGGUGGACUGUAUUUAUUUUUAUUGUCAUUCCAACACUCCAAACCCAUGAAGUGACUUUUUAACCUAAGAAGUCAAUUAAGGACCCCUGAGGCCUCUCAUUGGACACUUAAUUGUGACCCCCUCCAAUCUAAUUACAUCCUACCUCUGCAGUGAUUGAUUUUUGUCUUUAUUGUUGCAGGCUCAUGUGUGUUUACUCCCCCCAACCCCCUCCAGCUCUGUUUCUUUCUCUCGCUGUGUUGUGUAAAGGUAAGAUAUUUCAGCACUUUUUAUUUGGGAGCAUUUACAGUCCAUGAAAACAAAACAAAACACACGAUUGGUGGUGUUAUUGGCAGCAAGGAAUAUGCCUCUUUAAAAAUGUAACGUGUGCAUUUUUUGUGUGUGUGUUUGGAUGG